AUGGCUGAUGAUACCGCCACGGCGGAGGACUCGCCCAUCACCUUUAAUAUCAAAUCUUCCAAUGAUGCUAAAUACACACUGACUCUUCCAUCGUCGACGCUCGUGGCAGAGCUGAAAGAAAAACUUGCGACAUCGGAAUAUGCAGAUACUCCGGCGGAGCGUCAACGCCUGAUUUACUCAGGGAGAGUGUUGAAAGAUAAUGAAACCCUGUCUACAUACAAUAUCAAAGAUGGACACACCAUUCACUUAGUUAAAAGUGCUGCUAGCAAUCAGCGCCAGACUGGUGCUUCUCAGACUGCCUCGACGUCUACUCCGUCAGGCACCUCUGCUACUCCGGCUACUGGUGUUCCCACAAACCUUGCGGCCGGUACAGGCAACAACCCACUGGCUGGUUUGACCGGCGCGCGAUACGCUGGGUUUGCGCAACUUCCAGGAGCUGGAAUGUUCGGCCCAGAUGGUGGCAUGGGCCCUCCUCCCGACGCCGACUCCAUGCUCAAUAUGCUCGAAAACCCCCAGUUUCAGUCUACGAUCAAUGAGGCUUUACAAAAUCCAGCGAUGAUUGAUAUGAUGAUCCAACAAAAUCCCAUGCUGCGCGAAAUGGGUCCCGGCGUGCGGCAAAUGAUGCAAAGCCCAGAAUUCCGUCGUAUGCUUACCGACCCCAAUUCGCUUCGCCAAGCGAUGCAGCUUCAAAGAGCCAUGGGUGGCGGUGGCGGACUUGGUGGCAGCGCAUUCCCUGCACCGGGAGUCACGAACACGACACCAGAGGACGGCCAAAACGGUCAGAAUAACAAUGGCACCACGCCUGCCGCUGGCGCCCCUCCUUUCAACCCAUUUAUGCCUCCCAGCCUGGGAGCUGGAAACCCUUUUGCUGCCCUUUUCGGUGCCAAUCCAGCUAUGGGUGGCGCAAAUCCCCCCAGCGCGGCGGGUAGUGGCCAGGCCGAGACUACGCAGAGAGCUGCCGGGGAGACUACUGGGAGCGGUCCUACCACAGCAGAGGGUCAAAAUCAACAAGCCGCCCAGAAUCCAUUCGGAGCGCUUUUCAACCCUGCCAUGUUUGGUGCACAAGGCGGCCAGGUGAAUCCUUUCAAUCCCCAGCAAAAUCCUUUCCUUCGCGACCCCGCUCUACUAUCGCAGAUGAUGCAGGCAAUGGGCGCUCCUCCAGGAGAAGGUGGUGCAGGUGCCCUUGGCGCCAAUCCUUUGGCGGCUCUUUUCGGAGGCAAUGGGUUUGGAACUCCAUCUCCACAAGACAAUCGACCACCUGAGGAAAGGUAUGCGGAACAGCUUCGCCAGCUUAACGACAUGGGCUUCUACGAGUUUGAAAGGAAUAUUGAAGCCCUACGACGAGCAGGUGGGAGUGUACAAGGUGCAGUGGAAUACCUUCUGAGCCAUCCUUCUUGA